GAAAUAACGGCCGCUGGCGGAGGGAGGGGGGGUGGAAUCGUUGGCGGGGGAAAGAGGAGAGAAGCCGCCCUGUCUCCCGCGCGCCCACCACCUGCGCCAUCAUCAGCCAAUCAGCAGCCAUCUCAGGGGUCUCGCGCUCGGGGCGACUCGGGCUGCUGGGUGGCUCCCCCGUCCCUCCUCCCGCCAGAGUCCCUCUCGCGCCUGCCCCUCCCGCUGGCCACGCGCGCGCUCGCGCUAGCGCUCGCGCCCGCUCCAGCCUCUUGUGUGUCCUCGCGCCCCCCGCCCGCCCUCCCCGCGCGUAGUGUGCUCCGCUUCCCCCACCCUCCACCUCCCCCCUCCUGCCCGCCCCGCGCGCCUCCUCCCCGGGUUCCCCCUCCCCCACCGCCGCCUCCUCCUCCUCCCGCCCCAGGGUGAGCGCGAGCCACCUCCCUCCCUCCCUCCGCCAUGGAUCCCAGCAACUGGAGCAGCUUCAUCUUCCAGGGUCACGCCCAGAACCCCCUGCAGGUCGGGGCUGAGCUCCAGUCCCGCUUCUUUGCCUCCCAGGGCUGCGCCCAGAGUCCAUUCCAGGCCGCGCCGGCGCCCCCGCCCACGCCCCAGGCCCCGGCGGCCGAGCCCCUCCAGGUGGACUUGCUCCCGGUGCUCGCCGCCGCCCAGGAGUCCGCCGCGGCUGCUGCGGCCGCUGCCGCCGCUGCUGCCGCCGUCGCUGCCGCGCCCCCGGCCCCUGCUGCCGCCUCCACGGUGGACACAGCGGCCCUGAAGCAGCCUCCGGCGCCCCCUCCGCCACCCCCGCCAGUGUCGGCGGCCGAGGCCGCGCCCCCCGCCUCCGCCGCCACUAUCGCCGCGGCGGCAGCCACCGCCGUCGUAGCCCCAACCUCGACGGUCGCCGUGGCCCCGGUCGCGUCUGCCUUGGAGAAGAAGACAAAGAGCAAGGGGCCCUAUAUCUGCGCUCUGUGCGCCAAGGAGUUCAAGAACGGCUACAAUCUCCGGAGGCACGAAGCCAUCCACACGGGAGCCAAGGCCGGCCGGGUCCCCUCGGGUGCUAUGAAGAUGCCCACCAUGGUGCCCCUGAGCCUCCUGAGCGUGCCCCAGCUGAGCGGAGCCGGCGGGGGAGGGGGAGAGGCGGGUGCCGGCGGCGGCGCUGCCGCAGUGGCCGCCGGUGGCGUGGUGACCACGACCGCCUCGGGGAAGCGCAUCCGGAAGAACCACGCCUGCGAGAUGUGUGGCAAGGCCUUCCGCGACGUCUACCACCUGAACCGACACAAGCUGUCGCACUCGGACGAGAAGCCCUACCAGUGCCCGGUGUGCCAGCAGCGCUUCAAGCGCAAGGACCGCAUGAGCUACCACGUGCGCUCACAUGACGGCGCUGUGCACAAGCCCUACAACUGCUCCCACUGUGGCAAGAGCUUCUCCCGGCCGGAUCACCUCAACAGUCACGUCAGACAAGUGCACUCAACAGAACGGCCCUUCAAAUGUGAGAAAUGUGAGGCAGCUUUCGCCACGAAGGAUCGGCUGCGGGCGCACACAGUACGACACGAGGAGAAAGUGCCAUGUCACGUGUGUGGCAAGAUGCUGAGCUCGGCUUAUAUUUCGGACCACAUGAAGGUGCACAGCCAGGGUCCUCACCAUGUCUGUGAGCUCUGCAACAAAGGCUUCACCACGGCAGCAUACCUGCGCAUCCACGCGGUGAAGGACCACGGGCUCCAGGCCCCGCGGGCUGACCGCAUCCUGUGCAAGCUGUGCAGCGUGCACUGCAAGACCCCUGCCCAGCUGGCCGGCCACAUGCAGACCCAUCUGGGGGGGGCCGCCCCCCCUGUCCCGGGAGACGCCCCCCAGCCACAGCCCACCUGCUGAGGGGGACCCCCGCACCCACCAGGUACUGGUGAGGUUUGUCCAAUGGCGGCGGCGGCGGCGGCAGCGGCGGCGGCAGCAGCAGUAGCAGCCCCUCCCACAGCUGUGGGCUCCCUCUCGGGGGCGGAGGGGGUGCCUGUGAGCUCUCAGCCACUUCCCUCCCAACCCUGGUGAGCUCCAAGUUGGUUGCGGGGGAGAGGGGAGAAUGGAGUAGAGUCCCUUGGUACAAGCUCCUCUCCCCCCUCUUUUCCCACCAACUCCUAUUUCCCCACCAACCAAGGAGCCUCCAGAAGGAAAGAAGGAAGAAAUGUUUUCUUAGGGGAAUUCGCUAGGUUUUAACGAUUUGUUUCUCCUGCUCCUCUCUUCUAUCAGACCUGACCCCAAACAAACCUGUCCCCUCGGUUGUGUUGAAGUCCCCUGGACAGUGGGCAGGGGUGGCAGAGGACACGAGCAGCCACUGCCCGUACCCCCUCUCCUCUCUGUAAGCCCAUGCCCUGUCUUCCCAGGGAUUUGUGAGCCUCUUCCCUCGACGGUCCUCUUCUCUCCUUCCAGUCCUCUCCCCCUGCUGUCUGCAGCCCCUCCCCGGGGAGUUGGUGCUUUCUUUUCCUUUUUUUUUUUUUUCCAGGGGGAGGGAGGAGAGGAAGGAGGGGGAUCAGAGCUGUCCCAAAGAGGGAAAGCGGUGAGGUUUGAGGAGAGGCAGAAGCAGGGCCAGCAAAGGUUUUACCUUCAUAAGGUGGUAUGGGGGUUUGGGGUCAGGCCCUGAACAUCGUCCUACUUGAGAAUCUGUCAGGGGAAAAAGUCAAGGGGAGCAGGAGGAAGAGCCAGGAGGGCCAGAGGCAGAGAAGAGAUGGAGUCUUAGGGGCCAGGGUGAGCGAGGGGUCCAGGGCCUAGAGGUGCUUCCUGGGGGCGGGGGAAUGCAGCCAGUGUCCCCCUCCCCUCUUCCACCCCAGCUCCAGCCCUGGUCUUGUCUUUUCAUCCCUCUUCCCCACGACAGAAGAAGUUGUGGCCCUGGCCAUGUCAUCGUGUUCCUGUGUCCCCUGCAUGUACCCCACCCUCCACCCCUUCCUUUUGCGCGGACCCCAUUACAAUAAAUUUUAAAUAAAAUCCUG